AUGAAGGUGAUUCCAGGGACGGCGAUUGAUAAGACCAAACAUCUGCCGCCCAAACUUAGGUCUAUUGUAGAGAAGACUGGGCCGCAGGGGAUGAAGCAUCCGCCGAUUCAUUUCUGGACGUUGACUAUGGACCCUGAAAUGUUGCCCAAGAGUAGGAUCACGUUACUCGGUGAUGCUGCGCAUUGCAUGCCCUCAUUCCGCGGUGAAGGUGGAUUUCACGCUUUGCUAGAUGCUCUUAAACUUGGGAAAGCUUUAGCUAGGUUGCGGACGAAUGAUACUCAAGUAAUAAAGAAGGUGUUAGGAGACUAUCAAGAUGAGAUGAUUGAGAGGGGGUCGAAGGCAUCAGCGUGGUCAAGUAUCGCAUUAGAUGAGCCUUGGAGUGGUGCCAAUGCAGGACCGAGUAUCGUUUGGGGUUUGCCUGUGGUACAUUUGCCCGAAGAAAAGGUUACGCUGUAA